GGGAGUGAGUACGUUUCACAGGAUCCAGGCCUAGUAGUAUUGCCGCCGGGACUCUCCUCAUCCGCUUUCAAAAAAUUGGAAAUAGAGCCAUUUAAAGGCCGCCAUGAGCGCGUCCACGCGCCUUUCCGCGCUGACCGACACCGGAAUGGGUGGAACCAUGCCAGCAUGAGUGGGCCGUACCCAGGCCCUGGCAGGGACACUCCUCACUCCAGCUGCCCUUUGACCCCUGGCUCUGACCUCUCUGCACACAGACACCAUGGCCACAAGACUGGACUGAGCAUGUCUGCUGCCGCCUCCUCGCUCAAGCCCACGGCGGUCUACGGGUUCGCCCAGAGGAACCACUCGUCCUCCUCGGUGUCCUCCUCGUCCUCGGUGUCCUCCUCUUCCUACAGCCCUCUCAGGAGGUUGCAGCAUCUGACCUCCAUGGUGAGCCAGCCGGACCUGGUCCUGUCUGUGAGGGAGCCCGACCGGAGCUGGGACUGGGGGAGGCAGAAGAAGGAGGCGGGGAAGGAGACGGAGGCGGACAGGGGCUCCUGGGUGGAUUAUCCUCACAUUCAGAACCCCAGCAGGGAGGAGGACGCCUUUGGGAACUCCUCGGUCGGACACAAACCACCUCAGAUCCAGGUCGGAGGUCGAGACUUGCCGACGGCCAAUCAGACCGAUCCCAGCGCGUCGGAUAAAAAGUCGGAGGAUUGUUUCUCGGGGCCUCCUAGUCCGGCCUUCUCUCUGGACAGUAACAGCCCCUUCGCCAACGGCUUCCUUCACUUUGAGUCGUCUUUGUUCGAAGACGACGACGACGACGACAAAGAGCAGAAGGUGUUGUCGCCCGUGGGAGGAAUGCCAGAGAGGCAGGAAAAGUUGAUGAACGCUCUUCAGUCCACUUCUGUGGACUUCAGCUCAGACUCCAAGGAUACUUCCCUGUCUUCGGCCAAGGUGGUCACCCGAUCACAGUCGUCCGGUCAGCGCAGGAGAUACUGGGAUGGCUCCGAUGACGAAUGGGAAAGUGACACUGAGCUGCUGCUGUUCGGAGACAGCCCCUUCAGGCAAUCACUGCAGAACAGCCUGAAGAAAAACCUUGUGCCACUGGUGAAGUUUUUAGAAGGUGAAGUUGUUUGGGCAAAGUUCAACAGAAGACCAUGGUGGCCUUGUGAGGUGACGGCGGACCCUGCACAGGGGAUUUACCACAAAGUGAAAGAGCCCAGUGAGCGGCCCUGUCGGCUCUACCACGUCAGGACGUUCGGGGAGCCCGUGGAGUUCGCCUGGGUGGAAGAAAAGUCCACGCACACAUUCCAUGGAGGCUUUGAAUUCGAACAGCUUCACCUUCUGCAUCGUAGAGGAAAACAAAGGGAGCAGAGCCACAAGUACACUAUUGCCAAACGCUUUCAGGACUCUUGGAAAUCCAGUGUGGCCCAAGCCGAAUCUGUCCUCCACCAGAGAACCAGUAUUGCUUCUUCCAUUUGUUCCUCCAUAGAUACCUCCUUCCACCACAACAGCUCGACAUCGGAGACAGAUCACAAGACCCAUCCGGCAUUUCCGGCCUCACCUGUUACUGCCCUUCCUGAGACGUCACACCUGACCAGUGAAUCCACAUCGUCCCCAGUGAUUUCUUCCCCAGUUCAGUCAAAGACAAGCACUUUAAGGAAGUCUUCUGGGAAGAAAAAAGCAAGUAAAUCCCCAAAGGACAUAGGCGGUAAAACCUCUAAAAAGACAUUACAUGAUAGCCCUGACCAGUCAGACCGGGACAGCAGAGAAUGUCCAUAUUCGGACCUUGACUCCAUUCCUAAAAUUUUGUGUCCGAAAGCACUUGAACGCCAGCCCAAGGUAGUUUUGUCUCCACCCUCUGUAAUAGUUGUCAAAGAGGUGAAAAAGCAGCCAGAGAUUCAGAGCGGUCUGUGGUUCAGCAAAUCAGGAAAAGACAGACGACCAAAAACGACCAGUCCGAUACCAGACCGCACUCUUUUCAGUAAGGUUCCCUGUAAGAAGAAAAACUCCACUGUUGUUCCUAAAAAGACUGUUGUUCCUAGCGCCACCUCUUCUUCCUCCGGUGUGGCGUCGGGGUCAAGCGACCACUCAGACAAACAUAAAAGUCUGGCACCUACUGAAGCAAAUCCACCAUCUGACCUGUCGAGACACUCGAAGUGUAAAAACACCCCAGUUGUCAGUCGGCCUUUUGGGAUGACUGUAAAUUCUGUUGACCAAUCAGGAUCCUUGGACAAGCAUAAGUCCACUGUCUCUGUUGAGAAAGACACGCAGCCUGACAAGUCUAGCUGUUCAAAGGGCAGAAAGACUCCUGUUAGUAGUACAACUGACACUGCUACUAGCACGUCACCUGACAAGUUGUGUAACUCAGAUGUCAAAAAGGACUUGGAGUCUAACGCGAAGGCUAGUUUCAAUGAUCGGUGUACGUUAUCAAAGACCAGUCGAACGGAACAUUCAGACAAGCUUGACAAUAAGAAGUUAAGUCAAGGCAUUUCUGACCAAACAGAAAAAAAGGAAAGUAACAAGAUAACAGGUCCCAGUAUAAAUGUCCACAUCACUGACCAACUGGCAAAAACAGACAAGCAUACAAUUUUGCUUUCAAAAUGUAGACUUCCAUAUGUCAAAUUAAUACGCAAGGACAUAAAAGUUAAGACGUUUCCAAACUCUAGUAUAACUAUCAGUCUCGCGAAUCUACCUGAAGAGGCAAAAAGUGAGAAGGUGCCAGAUGCUAGUGAGACAAAAACAACUUCCAAACAAUUGGACCAGCCAGUAGACAAAACAAGUGUUUCCAAACCUCAGGCAGUCAGGUCAGAAUCCAAGAAGGUCUCAGUUAAAAAGCUAAAAGCCAGUAGCGGUACCAGUACACGUCGUCUCCCAUCAGGAUCACCACGACAGAAACCGGUCCAGUUUUCUGAUACGGCAGAGUCAUUCAUUGAUGACUUCAAGGACCAAGAGGAAAAGAGGGCACAAGUUUCAAAUUGUAGCACAAAUAGCGCAGCCCGUUUUCCAUCUAACCUAGCAGAGCCGACAGAAAGUAAGAAGCCUUCUGAUUUUGAGGUAACAGAAAGAUCAUCGCACCUGUCACGGAUUUCCAAGCAAAAAUGUACGUCUGUCAGUUGUGCAGUUUCAGAUACUUCUCCGCCAUCUCACCGGGAUGGGAACAUUCCUGAAAACUGGUCUCCGGAUAAAUCCACAAAUACCAUCAAGGAAUCAAAGCAAUCUCCAGAGGUAAUCACUUCUGAUCAGUCAGGAAAUUCCAAACUAAAUUGUACUUCCGUCAGUAGUGCGGUUUCAAGUAAUUCUCAGCCUCGUCAACGGAAUGGGAAUGUUUCUGAAGGCAUGUCUCCUGAAAAACCUAAGAUAGCUAUCAGAAAAACAAAGCAGUCUCUGGAGGUAAUCAAGAAAGCCCUACCUGAACAGCCCGCCCACCUGCCAGCCAGCAGUCGGUUGAUGACCAGAGCCUUGAAGACCAUGGAGGAAAAAGCCCUCAAGGAAGCAGAGCAUAAAAAAACCUUGAGUAGAUUAAGAAAAGCUGGGGACCAUGCGCGCCGAUCUGCACAUGGCUCCUUUUGGGAUCCAGAGACCAAACUGGACUCUUGCACUGAAAGAAAGUCUGUAAAAGCUCACCGUGUAGACAAUGGUGAGCACGAUCAGGACAGGUUUUCUACUUGUAGCACGCCACCUUCUUUUUCUUCUUCAACUGAGUCAAAUGAUGUUGAAACUGAUGUCAAGAGUGAAGAUGAAGAUGUGUCAAUAUCAUCAACUCCACCAAUGGACUUUAUACCCCUCACGUCAAGGUUUAGUGCAAAAAAGGAGGAUCGUUCCUCCGGUAAAUGUUCCUCAUCCUCACCUUCUUCACCAUUUUCUUUUAUGAAUGCUUUCAAAAAUAUGGAGGAGAUAUCUUUCCAGUCUGUGACGAAUGACAGUGAUGGCAAACCAGUCUCAUUCAAGGCAGAUACAAACUACAAGUUCAGCACUUUCCUUAUGAUGCUCAAGGAUUUGCACGACACUAGGGAGCGAGACGGAGCUCCUCUGGAACUAGAGAUUGGGCCGCCAAGUGCUCAUGUAAAGGAGGAGCCCUCAGUGAUGCCUGGAGAGGCCAGGUCAGCAGGUCCAGAUCAACAGAGAGAAGCUGACCUUAAUGCUAACUCAAGUCCGAACAAACUCAAACUCGUACAGUUUGAAGACAGCACAAGUCAGCGCUCCAGGAAGCCUUACAGCAAAAGGAGCUGCCCCUCUGGAACGAGAAGGAAAGCCAACCGCAAAGUGCCUUGUCGUCCUGCGAGGUCUGGACCUGGUUAUCCAGGACUGGAGUCCUCCCCAGGAGUGGCAGCCUCGUCAGGAAUGGACUCUUCAUCAAGUAUGGGCAGCUCAUCACGUGUCCAGUCCAUAUUACGUAUGAAGGAAUGCUGGGAGACGCAGAACGGAUCCAGUGAGAGCAUCUUUGGUAAGGGGAGGUGGAACCAGGUCCAGGAGAACCUACAGAAGCUGGUGCCUUUGGAGCAGAGGGACUCAGACACUACACUGUUCCUAGAACAGCCCAACGGUAUGGUCACAGACUGCACUGAAACUAGCCUAAGGCACAACGAUGGAGGAGGCGACAAGGCUCAGAUGGCACAUAAGCGAAUACGAAAACCAAGUAAACGGCUGAUUGAAUGGACCGAAGAGUAUGAUCAGAUUUUUUCAGCAAGGAAGAAAACCAAAAAGCCUCUCCAGACAAUCGGAAAGGUUAUUGAAUCCAUGAACUCCAUAUCUGAGGGCUCUGACGGGGACCAUGCGUCCAUGAACCUACUUCCUGAAAUCCAAACCCCGCCUCCUGAGGAGAUGAGUGGAACAACAGCCUCUGAACUACAAAUGACCCAUGUGGACAACACAUGUACCCAGGAUGCACCAGUACUCACUAUUGAUACACUGACCCCUCCCCCUGAAGCUGAACCUUCACCCCCAGAUGGACUGUCCAAGGAGGGGGGAACUGUUCCUGUGGUGGAGAAGAAGCGGAAGAGAAAACCUACUCAGAAGAUCCUGGAGUACUGUCUGGAAGCAGAGGCUUCAACAGGACAGAAGAAGAAGGUUAGAACACCGAAGAACAGUGCACUUCCUGUUCCUCAGUCAGAGUCUGGACCUCCAUCUUUUAAGAAGACUAAGCAGCUGAAAGUCUGCGCUCCACAAAUGCAGACUCCAGAUGUUUCUACACUCACACCCACCCUUCAGACCCCCACCCCUCAGACCUCCACCCCUCAGACCCCCACCCCUCAGACCUCCACCCCUCAGACCCCCACCCCUCAGACCUCCACCCCUCAGACCCCCACCCCUCAGACCUCCACCCCUCAGACCCCCACCCCUCAGACCUCCCCAGUUCCUUCAGCUCCUCCUUUGGACUCCUUGGAACUCAUCCAGGAGGAGGUGAAGUCAGCAGAGUUUACAGAGGACAGGAGGGUUCAGGAGGUCCGAGCGGACAGAGCCCAGGCCCAGGCUGAUCUGUCCAGUCUGAACCACAGCUUCUCCAUGAAGGACGACCUGUCGCUGUGUGACGACCCGCUGUUACCUUCUAGAAAGAUCAUCGGAGACCGAGGGGGUCCGGCCUCCAUGAAGGAAAACAUCUGUCAGGUGUGUGAGAAGACGGGGGAGCUGCUGCUGUGUGAGGGUCAGUGCUGUGGGGCCUUCCACCUCCCAUGCAUUUCUCUGGCUGAGGCUCCCAAAGGGAAAUUUGUUUGUCCUGAAUGCAAAUCAGGUAUCCACACCUGCUUCGUCUGUAAAAAGCGCAGUGAGGACGUUCGCCGCUGUAUGAUCCCUGUGUGUGGGAAGUUUUACCACGGCGAGUGCAUCGCCAACUACGCGCCGACCGCACCGGUUAACCGAGGCUUCCGCUGUUCCAUCCACGUCUGCCUCACCUGCUUCAUCACCAACCCCAACAGCACGUCCAUCUGUAAAGGUCGCCUGGUGCGCUGCGUGCGUUGCCCCGUUGCCUACCACGCCACAGACCUGUGCAUGGCAGCGGGCAGCGUGGUCCUGUCCAACAACAGCAUCGUCUGUCCAAACCACUUCAGCCCUCGCCGCGGCGUCAAGAACCACGAGCACGUCAACGUCAGCUGGUGUUUUGUCUGCACUGAAGGGGGCAGUCUGCUGUGCUGUGAGUCCUGUCCUGCAGCGUUUCACAGGGAGUGUCUGAACAUUGAAAUGCCCAAAGGCAGCUGGUACUGCAACGACUGCAAGGCCGGGAAGAAACCCCGAUACAAGGACAUCCUGUGGGUCAAAGUGGGCCGCUACAGGUGGUGGCCAGCAGAGGUCAGCCAUCCCAAAACCAUCCCAGAGAACAUCCAGAGGAUGAGGCACGACAUCGGAGAGUUCCCCGUUCACUUUUUUGGCUCCAACGACUACCUGUGGACCUACCAGGCCCGAGUCUUCCCUUAUAUGGACGUAGACGCCAACAGCAAAGAAAAGAUGGGCAAAGGGGUAGACGCCACAUACAAGAAAGCUCUGGAGGAGGCAGCUGUGCGCUUUCGUGAACUCCAGGCAGAGAAGGAGCUCCGUCAGCUUCAGGAGGACAGGAAGAACGACCGCAAACCUCCUCCGUAUAAACACAUAAAGGUCAACCGACCGAUCGGAAAGGUUCAGAUCUUUACGGCCGACCUGUCUGAGAUCCCCCGCUGUAACUGUAAAGCCACAGACGACAGCCCCUGUGGGAUGGACUCAGAGUGCAUCAACCGCAUGCUGCUGUACGAAUGUCACCCACAGGUUUGUCCUGCGGGGGACAGAUGCCAGAACCAGGCCUUCACCAAACGCCAGUACAGCCAGGUGGAGAUCUUCAGGACACUGUCCCGGGGCUGGGGCCUGCACUGUGUCCACGACAUUAAAAAGGGUCAGUUUGUGAGCGAGUACGUAGGGGAGGUGAUCGACGAGGAGGAGUGUAGGUCCAGGAUCCGACACGCACAGGAGAACGACAUCUGUAACUUCUACAUGUUAACUCUGGAUAAGGACCGGAUCAUCGACGCUGGACCAAAAGGGAACGAGGCUCGUUUCAUGAACCACAGCUGUCAGCCCAACUGUGAGACGCAGAAGUGGACGGUCAGCGGAGACACCAGGGUGGGGCUGUUCGCUCUGGUGGACAUCUCUGCAGGCACAGAGCUUACCUUCAACUACAACCUGGAAUGUCUGGGGAACGGGAAGACGGUGUGCAAAUGUGGAGCGCCCAACUGCAGCGGAUUCCUGGGAGUCAGGCCAAAGAACAACCCUCCAUCUGACGACAAAGGACGAAAGAUGAGGAGGAGAGGCAAGAGGAAGAGCAAGGUGGUGGUGACCAAAGAGAGGGAGGACGAGUGUUUCAGCUGUGGAGACGGAGGACAGGUGGUGUCCUGUAAGAGGCCUGGAUGUCCAAAGGUUUACCACGCAGACUGCCUCAACCUGACCAAGAGGCCUGCAGGGCGCUGGGAGUGUCCGUGGCAUCAGUGUGACGUCUGUGGGAAGGAGGCGGCGUCCUUCUGUGAGAUGUGUCCCAGCUCCUACUGCUGCCAACACCGGGAAGGCCUGCUCUUCAUCUCCAAACUGGACGGAAAACUGUCCUGCAGCGAACACGACCCCUGUGGACCCGACCCGCUGGAACCGGGGGAGAUCCGGGAGUACGCCCCCGACCCCCCCCGAAGCCUGCCCUCAGGGCUGGGCAUGGCCGUCAUUCCCUCGUCUUCCUCCUCUUCUUCUUCUUCUUUGAACACUACUACAGGUGUGAACAGCGGUACCCAGGGGGCGGGGCCCAUCAGCGCCGGCGCUGGCGUGUGCUCUUCGGAGUCUUUCCCUCCUUUUUCCAUCCCCGUCCCCAUCACUAUCCCAGUAGUGGCUCCUCCCCCCUCUCCACCCGACCCCCCCAGCAGCUCUGAAGCCCCCAGCAGCCCCCAUGUGUUUGAACUACCACACUACUCUCCAAUCUCCUCAUAUGAAGAAGAGGAGGAGGAGGAGGAGGAAGGGGAGGAGGAAGAAGAAGGGGAGGAGCUAGUGGAUGAAGUGGAGGAGGAGGUGGUGGAAGAUAGUGAGAUGGGGAAGGAGAAACCUGAUCCACAUGAGGAGGACGGAGAUGACGACGAAGUGGGGCUGGAAUACCUGGAGAUCAAAGAGGAUGAGGAGGAGAACGACGACGAAGAGGAAGAGGAGGAGGAGGAGGAGGAGGAGGAGUGAUUUGAACAGUGUCACAAAGGCAGCAGGUGCAGGUUAAAGUCUCCAAAGGAGGAAACGGAGGCACACUUAACACCCAUAGGCCAGUCUGUCCCUGUUUCUGUCCAACCAGUGAGCAACGUACGCAAAAACUAAACUGAACCUGUAAUGAACCCACCAGUGAACCCAGAAAGACACAACAUGCCAGUAAAUAUUGUACAUGGAUUCAUAUAUACAUGGAUUUAUUUAUUUAGUUUUGUCCGAUGAAUUGCUUCAUAUUCUCUGAUCUGGCUCCGCCCACACAGCAGCUCUGAACGCACUGUUCCCAUUUUUACGGGUCAAAUCCAAUUUUUGUGUGUGUGUUGGUUCAUAUUCCACAUUAAAUACGAUUUCUAUCAGUUUUGAGUCUGAACUGAAUGUGACCCUGAAGUGACCCACAUGCACUAAAGAGGUC